UGAAGGAUGAGGACUUGUCUUUAAGGAUGACAGUGUGCAGGAAAGGCCAUCCACUGCCGCCCCCUGCCCUGGGCACUUAGUGCUCCUCAAACUCCUCACUGCCCUCUCUACUGUCGAGCCUGUCUACUCCUCUGAGGUCCACACUCUGGGCUCCCCAGGACAGGGCUUAGCCAGAAACGGCUGUGGCCCCCUGUCUGGCAUGGCAAUGUCUCUCUCCACUGUAACCUGUCCUUAGACAAUUCGACCAUCCAGGUUGGCUUUCUUCACCCCUGCCUUCACCCAAAGGACCUGCCCUCCACCUCUCCAGCCAGGUCCAGGCUCCUCGUUGCACCUCCCCGGUCAUGAGCACCCCUUUGCCCUCCCACCCAGGCCCGGCACCCUCCAGCCAUCCCAGGACUCUCCUCCUAAUCUUGGGCGGCAUCUCUGCUGGCUGAGCUGGAGAAUUCCGGGAUCCAGGCCAUACUCCUUAGCAGACAGCCCCAUCCUUGGAAGGAGGAACAGGAGAGAGACCGGGGAGGGACUGGGGAGGGGGCCGUUGAUGGAAACAAGGUCAAGCCAGAAGCCCUGGGGGUACGGGCUGGAAUUGAGGGGAAAGCAGAGGAAGAGGGGCCAGCAGGGAGGUAUUUGUGGGGGAGGGUCAGCAGUUAUCUUUCCAAAGAUGGGGGCCACACCGGCCUGGUUAUUCUUGUCACCUAUGUGGUGGUAAGAGACGGAAGAGGGAGGAAGACAGAGCAAGGGAAGCAGGGCCCGGGCUCCGAGGCUAGUGGGUGUAGCUGUCCAAGCGUCUGGGUGGGUCCCAGCAGAAGAGCACCUGGCCCAGGCUUCCCCCAGGGACAUAUGUCUCUCACCUUCCCAUCCUCUCAGACGGCCCAACCCUCUCCCCACAGCGACCCUGACAGCAUCAUCUCCAGUGCAGGCGUGGCCCAGCUCCCCCUUGGAGAGAGGGGGCAGCAAGGUGGAACUGCAUGGGGGUAUUUGAGAGAAAGCGAGUCCUGUGCGAUUUCAGCCACAGCAGUGGCCCGGGCAGGCGUGUGACCCCACUGCUGUGGAGGGGCUGUGCCCCAGGACCACAUGUCUUCCUACCAUCCGCUCCCCAGAGCGCUGCCUGCUGUGCACCUGGGUCCCGGCCCCUCUCCACCUGGCGUGGACCGCAACCCUCCCGUGCUCCGUUCCCACCGCAGGCUUUCUCCAGCCCAACCUCCAAGGCGCUCAGAAUCAGAGCCCAGUUAAGAAUAAAUUCCAGAUCCUCUUCUUUGGCCCACCUGUGCCCCGCCCCACUCUACCCAGAAGUGCAAGAGCCUAAACCGCCUCCAUGGCCCCAGGAAGGAUUCAGGGGAGAGGCCCCAUACAGGGAGCCACUCCAGCCAGACAGCACGGCCAGAAUGGAGCUGACUGAGCUGCUCCUCGUGGUCCUGCUGCUCCUCACUGCAAGACUAACCCUGUCCAGCCCGGCUCCUCCUGCCUGUGACCCCCGGCUCCUGAAUAAACUGCUUCGUGAUUCCCACGUCCUUCACGGCAGACUGAGCCAGUGCCCUGACGUUAAGCCUCUGCCCACCCCUGUCCUGCUGCCUGCUGUGGACUUCAGCUUGGGGGAAUGGAAAACCCAGACAGAGCAGACCAAGGCACAGGACCUUCUAGGAGCAGUGACCCUUCUGCUGGAGGGAGUGAUGGCAGCACGGGGACAGCUUGGUCCCACCUGCCUCUCAUCCCUCCUGGGACAGCUCUCUGGACAGGUUCGCCUCCUCCUUGGGGCCUUGCAAGGCCUACUCGGAACCCAGCUUCCUCCACAGGGCAGGACCACAGCUCACAAGGAUCCCAACGCCAUCUUCCUGAGCUUCCAACAACUGCUGCGGGGAAAGGUGCGCUUCCUGCUUCUUAUAGGCGGGCCCGCCCUCUGCGCCAGGCGAGCCCCACCCGCCACAGCUGUCCCACGCAGCACCUCUCUGCUCCUCGCGCUGAACCAGCUCCCAAACAGGACUUCCGGAUUGCUGGAGACAGACACCAGUGUCCCAGCCAGAACUACGGGCUCUGGACUUCUCAGCAGGCUGCAGGGGCUCAGAGCCAAGGUUCCUGGUCUGCUAAACCAAACCUCCAGGUCCCUGGACCAAAUUCCUGCAUACCUGAACAGGACACGUGCACUCUUGAGUGGAACUCAUGGACUUUUUGCCAGACCCUCACCCAAGACCUUAGGAGCCCUAGACAGUCCCCCGGGAACUGCAGACACAGGCUCCCUGACACCCAACCUCCAGCCUGGAUAUGCUUCCCCAACCCACCCUCCUACUGAACAGUACACCAUACCCCUCUCUCCUUCACCCACCUUGCCCACCCCCAUGGUCCAGCUCCACCCCCAGCCUGCUGCCCCUUCUGCUACCAUGCCCAACCCUCCGGGCCCCCUUCUGAUCGCAGCCCAGCCUCACUCCCAGAAGCCGUCUCUGGAGGCAUAAGGUACUCAGGUGCUGUCAGCAUCGGCAAUGUCUCUCCUUCCCGAGAGGCCUAGGAGACAACUGCAGCUGUACCGAUUUCCUGCACCCACCUGGAACUCAAAACCCUGGUAAAGGGGCACUGAUACACAGGACAAAAAGAGGAUCGUUUCUCACUGUACAUUAUACAACUUCAGAAGCUAUUUUUUUAAGCUAUCAACAAAGUUCUUUAGAGCA